CGUUGCGGAAGUGUUUGGGCGCUGAUCAUCGAACAAGCGGUCAAACGUCAACAAAAAAGUACAAUUGUGCGUUCUAACACUGAUGUUAUCAUAGUAAACUCUGAAUUUAUUUUCAACAAACAGUUGUCAUGGUCUCGUGCAUGAUCACACGCUAUUGUAAAGUAUUUGGCUCGCUUUAAUUGCAGUGUCUUGUCCUAAGAUUGUUAGCAUGUAGGCUAAUAAACAAUGGCUGGCUAACACAUUUUUGAAGAAAAACACCUUAUUCCGGUAUUAUUACACACGUAUUAAGGACGUCCCAGCAUUUAAUAGCACAGUUACGAACUCUAUGAAUUAGUAGUGCCAUGUAUGUCUGCAUAUUAGAGUGUUGCUAAAUUAUUGAAGAAAGAACUACACAAGAAAGUGUGGACAAACGCGACUCAGGUGACGUCAGCUCAAGUUGUAUUGCCAAGCUUAUGUGGUGAUACAGAGACAAUAGAUGAAGUGGAAAGAAAAAUCAACACAGCAGUGACAAUGGAUUUACAGACAAAGACUGGAGCCAGGGGUUUGCGACGUGUAAAGACAGAUGCUGUUUGUAAACGAAUUGGACCCAUUCAGCAACAGAAGCUCAAAAAUACACUUGACCAUUGGUUGGUUAAGCCCCAAAAGAACCUAAAUACAGAUGAAGUGAGCCAAACCCAGGAUGAUGUAGACCUUUCAGUUGAUGGUGCCUUUCAAAGCACAUCAGCUCAGUCAGUGGACUGUGGAAAUGCUGAAAAAUCUGCAGAAUAUAACAUGGAUGAAGAAACCCAGCCCAUGACACCACAAGACCUGGAGGAAGAUAGUCCAGUGUCUCCAGCCUCCAAGGAUUCUUCAGGCAGUGGGCCUGUAUGUCCCAUUGAUGACACAGGAUUAGAAAACCAAGAAAUAGAGACAUGCUCAGCAAGCUCACAGGGCUUUGUCAGACACAACACCAAAAUAACACAUUUCUUUUCGGGGAUCUCAUCGCCACGUCUGCCUGUGAAACGGAAGAGGCCAGAUACAUCUCCAGUGAAACAGUCCACAGAGAAAAAAGGUGCAGAAAAGGAAGCCACAUAUGCUGGAGUUAAAUGGCUGGGGACGCCAAUCACUGAGCUUAAGAGAAUGCCUGAAUGUGGUGGUCGGCUUCCUCCCCUGAAGGAUGUUCCUGGUCAGCACACUGUGAUGAUAAGGACAGACCUGUUUUACAAAGGCAAAGUUCCUGUUCCUUAUCCUGCUAGGUUUAGGGAUACUUGGGAUGAUGUCCAUGUUAAAAUGCCAUGUUCCAGCAGCAACCUGUUUCCUGUUGAAGAUGAGGAAACACAAGAAGUGCAGAAUAAGAGUCGGUGGGAGUUGAUCAAAGAAACUUUAAAGAAGAAAUUUACUACUUCACUUGAGUUCAAGAAUGCAGUACUAAAAUACAGCCCCUCAAAUGCUAAGAAAUGGGACUUCACAGCAUUUAAUUUGUACGGCACUAAGGUCCUGGAGCCUGAUGCUGCUGAACAUCUGUUUGACUCCCUGCUGCCAGACAUGGUACAAUUAGCACUGAGAGCAUCUGAGCUCUGUACCAAGCCGAUCCCCCUCCUCAAGAGAGGCAUGGACUGCUCCAUCACCAUGUCUCAGGAGCAGGUGGCGUGUCUGCUCGCCAAUGCCUUUUUCUGCACCUUCCCGAGACGCAGCUUUAGGAGGAGUGAGUACAGCAACUACCCGGACAUCAACUUUGUCAGGCUGUUUGAGGGAUCCUCUUUGAAGAAGAUUGAGAAGCUAAAAACCCUGAUGUGCUAUUUCAAAAGUGUCACUGAGCAAAGGCCUACUGGACUUGUAACAUUCACAAGAAAAGGUUUGGACAAACCCUUAAAUUGGAAAAGCUCAGAGGCUCUGCUCACGAGGCUCCACAUUACAUGUGAGGGAACCAUAGAGGAUGAUGGGUAUGGAAUGCUUCAGGUGGAUUUCGCCAAUCAGUUUGUGGGAGGGGGAGUCACCAGUUCUGGUCUGGUUCAGGAGGAAAUCCGUUUUCUGAUCAAUCCUGAGCUCAUCGUUUCUCGCCUCUUCACCGAAGCCCUGGACCAUAACGAAUGCUUGAUUAUCACAGGCACAGAGCAGUACAGCAAAUACACAGGCUACGCUCAGACCUACCAGUGGAAGAGCAGCCACCAAGACACCACUCCAAGAGACGACUGGCAGAGAAGAUGCACAGAGAUUGUCGCCAUCGAUGCGCUGCAAUUCAGGAACUUUCUGGAACAAUUUAGUCCACAGAGAAUCAACCGAGAACUUAACAAGGCGUAUUGUGGCUUUGCUCGUCCCGAGGAACAAAGCCAGAACCUUGCAGCAGUGGCAACAGGAAACUGGGGCUGUGGAGUUUUUGGAGGUGACACACGACUUAAAGCUCUCCUCCAGAUGCUGGCAGCUGCUGAGGCGGGUCGAGAUGUCGCCUACUUCACCUUUGGUGACAGCCAGCUCAUGACAGAUGUCCACAACAUGCACUCUUUCCUCACUCGGAGAAGCCUCAGUGUUGGAGAGGUGUAUGAUCUCCUGGGGGAGUACUACAGCUCCGUGUGCAGGAGCUGCCUCAGCCGGCGCCCUGACGUCAGCCUCUACUCCUUCAUCUACCAACAGGUCAGCGGCUCCCUGGCACCCGAUGAUUCUGACAGCCACUUGGCCAGACAACAUGUCCCCACAGACUGCCGUUAAGGUCAGGUGGCCGAUGAGUCACCGUGCCUUCUCUUUGGAAAAUGAAACACAUAUUAGACUCUUUCUGCCUUUAGCUGAAUUUAACAUAAUUUUUUCCGGUGGUCUCCACCACAGCCAGACCAAAGCCAAAGGCUGGUGUGCACGUUGUUUUCCCAGAAAGUUGAUUAGUUGUGACCCCGUUGUCGCUGGAGUCCGAGCUGUGUUCAUUUUGCCGCCGCUGGUAAUAUGCCAAUGAAUGGCGAGUCAGUGCGACACAAUUGUGAUUUUAAUGGUGAAGCAAAGGUUGCCAUCCAUCUUCAGAGUUUGUCACGCUGCCUUUUUUUUUUCCACACCCACACAUAUCCAGCCUAAUUGAAUUGGCUGUCAGAAAUUGAGUUAAAGGGAAAGAAUAACAAGAGCAGGGUUUAGAGAGAGCUUGAAGUGGACUCCAGAAAAUGGUUUGAAUAAUAA